UUUUGUAGUCUUUUAGCUUCACGGCGGUGUCGUAACGUAGUAAGGUCACAGUCUGUUAUCAAUGAAGUACUGGUUUAACUCGGAACCAGUGGAGCCAGUGGAGACGGGUCCAACAUGUCUAUAAUCCCAGUUUAACCAGGUGAGUGGAGCUCACUGGUUUAGUCCUGUUACUGGUUUAACUCCCAGUUUAACCAGUCAUCAGAAGGUUCAUCCACUCUGCAUCUGUUCAACACCUGGAAUCCUCAGACGACCUCUCAGCCAAUCAGAGCUCCCCGUUCACCUCCUCACCUCAGAGGCGUCCACCUGAGGAGAACGAGGCCGUGGAGCGCCGUGGUGCAUUCAGGGUCCUCGCUGAUGUGCUGAAUUUUCCUAUUAAUUUCUAUACAGUCUGAGUUUGAUCACAGCGGCCUCUAGUGGACGUUAGCCGAACUGCAGCUGAAGACGCUCCUGUCUUCAACGUGUCCCUGUAGCUUCCUGUUGACCUGGUCCUGAUCUGGUCCAGCCGGUCAGAUGGCUCGGCACAGCAAGCUGCAGAAGCAGAUCCUGGAUCUGUACCGGAGCUUCCUGCGGGCCGGCCGGGACAAACCGGGCUUCAUCCCACGGAUCCGUGACGAGUUCAGGGAGAACGCUCGCAUCAAGAAGACGGACGUGAUGCACAUCGAGUAUCUGUUCCGGAGAGGACAGAGACAGCUGGACCAGCUCAGGGACGUCAACACCAAACAGCUGGGCUCCUUCUCCAAACCCACAGAGAAGAGCUGACCUCUGACCUCUGACCUCUGACCUCAGAUCCUGACUGACUCCUACAAAAACCUAGAAAGACUUUAAUUUAAACCUUCAUUCUGAGAUGCUGCAUUCCAGUGGGGAAACAAAUGCUCAGUGUGGAGGAAACGUGAUGUGAUUAAUCACGACAUGUUUGGGAUGUUAAAUAUGAAAUGAAAAUGUUCUCCGACUGUUUAGA